AUGCUAAUCGAACACAAAAGUGUUGUUGGUUUGCUUUCAAUAAAGACUUUGAAUACGGUACAAUGUUUAAUACACAAAAUACUCCCUCUAUUAUUAUCCGUGAACAGAAAAACCUCCAAUCGAAUUCUCAGCAUGAGGGAGCAAGUAUUGACUCAACCUUGUCAAGAAUUUCCAAUAGCGAAGCUAGUGCUAAGGCACAUAAAUCAGAACAAAUAUCUAUUGACCAAAAAGUUACCCGUAAUCAAAUGGUAGAACAAGGUUUAAUACAAGAGUUAACAGAAUUUAUCAUAGAAGAGAGCAUUGAAAUUAAGAAAUCUUUUUAUUUGAACGAUAAGAAAACUGUUACUGUACAGAGCUUAGUUCAUUUAUACCAGAAAGCAAGCUUGGCGGAAAAAAAUACAAUUCAAGCUAAACAGGAAGAAAUUUUAUGCUGGUAUUAUUAUGGGAAAGACUUUGAAAAAAUGGUUAGUGAAAUUUUGUCUAAUCCUUUCAGAAUUGGGGCUAGGAAGAGGCAGAGUGACGCAAAUAUAGUAGAUUUUUCUUCGAAAAAACCAUGUAUAAUAUCUGAUAUAAGUUACUUUUGUCCAGAUGAAGAUGUACCUUUGCAAGUUAAUGGAACAAUGGAUGUUCUUGAGGUAGUAAAGUCUACUGUCAGUACAUUUGAUCCAAAAACAAUCACUCUUGGAUCUUUCCGCUCCUAUAAAAGUUCAAACCAUUUGUUAGUAGAUUCUAAGCAGAAUGGGAAGGUUCCUCGGGAGAGUAUGUAUGAUGCUGAGAUGUAUAGAAUCCUAACAAAUUGGCUUGCAAAGGUACAUGGAUAUGAAGUAACUGGUCAGUGGCAUCUGAAAGGAAUUUGCGAAGAUGGUGGUUACCAUCAUUUUUAUUGUGACCUUACUAUUAAAAAAAGUGAUGACCCCUCUCCUGUAGCUGUUCUUGAAUUAUUAGCAACAUCGUCCUUAUCAAAAUUGGAUGAGCAUUUCGAACGGGUUUUUGAUUAUUCCGAUCAAUUUAAACCUUCCGAGGUUUGGGUCAUUCACUUUUCUCGAGAGGAUGAUGUUGUCAAAGACCCAUAUUGGCCUUGUAUUAGGUUACAGGAGAGGAGACUUAAUGUCAUACAUUUUUGGUACAACAAAAACUUUACAAAUGUUCGGAUGAGUACCAGGUCAUUAGAUACCUCUGGUAGAUUUUGUGAAAUAAUAGAUCAACAAAUACUUCCAUAA